AUGAAGGGCCGAGGAGUGAUGCUCGCGAUGGCUGCCGCUGCCGCGUCUGCGCUCGACAAGAAUGACAUCCCGAUUAAGUUUCGCGACUUCAUUGCGCAUGACAAUACCCAGACUUGCUCGCAAGACAUCCACUCGACGCCGUUCAAUAUGCAAGUGCGAGGUGUCAACCUCGGCGGGUGGCUCGUUCUCGAGCCGUGGCUCACCCCGACGUUGUUCUACCAGUUCCUUGGCACACAGGAGCGCUUUGGCGACAAGGCGCCGGAAAAGACGGGAAUGGACCAGUACACAUUCUGCUCGGCCCUUGGCCCUGUCGAAGCGAACCGUCAACUCCGCAUCCACUGGAACCAGUGGGUGACGGAGAAGGACAUUGCGGAGCUCGUCAGCUAUGGCAUUAACUCGUUGCGCAUUCCCGUGGGAGAUUGGAUGUUCGUUCCGUAUGGGCCGUACGUCGGGUGCACGGACGGGGCAAUUGAACACCUCGACCGCGUGCUCGACUUGUGCAAGAAGUACGGGAUCAACGCGCUCAUCGACAUCCAUGGCCACAUCGGCAGUCAGAACGGGUUCGACAACUCGGGUCGCGCGCAUCAAGUCAAGUGGACGUCGAUCGCGAGCACGCAGCCUGUGGGCACGACUACGUUUGAGCAUUGGCCGAUUCGAUAUGCCGAAUGGGCCGGGACAUUUGACCUGAUCAACCACAACUACUCGUCGAUCAACUACACAAACUUGAACCAGUCCCUUGAAGUCGUCACGCGCAUCGUGAAGCGGUAUGCCAAGCACCCGUCCGUGCUGGGGCUGCAACCGGUCAACGAGCCGUGGGAGCUGACCCCCAUCAACAUCCUCAAGAACUUUUACUGGGAUUCGUACAAGCGCGUCAAGAACCUCGCUCCAUCGUGGAAGUUUGUCGUGCACGACUCGUUCCGGUUCGGGCUCAACUACUGGGGCGACUUCAUGAAGGGUUGCCCGGACAUUGCGCUCGACACACACAUCUACCAAGCGUGGAUGAACCCGAGCUCGGCCGAAGACUACGGGUCGAACGCGUGCCAGCAAAAGUACACGAUCUCGAGCAUGGAAAACGCGCUGAUGCCGGUGAUCGUCGGCGAGUGGUCGCUCGCCACCGACAACUGCGCGAUGUGGCUCAACGGGUUUAACGACAACCUGCCGGGGUUCCCCAAGGUCGAGUGCACGAUGCAAGCAUGUCCUGUUGAGAGCACGUACCUGGGGUACGGCUUCCCUGGCACCCCCCUUGACGUGACCAAGCCGAUUCAAGGACCGUACGGCACGGGCACGUCCGGCCCGUCGUUUGGCAAGUGCCCCGUCAACAAGCACGACUCGUUUCCUGGCACGACGCUCAAGGAAUUUACGACCAAACUGAACCGAAAAAAACUCAACGGGUUCCAGGUCGGCCACGGAUGGUACUUUUGGAACUUCAAGACCGAACUCGACUUUACGUGGGACUUUUUGCAACUCGCCCGCGCCGGUGUCUUCCCCAAGAACGUGAGUCACUACGAACCGGACGAAGUCGACGACGCGUGCGUCCGCGAAGACAAGGGUCAGUUUAUUUGCCAAGCCAAGCGCGGCGUCAAGCAAUUCGAGCUCGAGAACGGUCUCAAGUAUGCGUGCAACUGCCCGGGCGUCGACUGCUCAGACAUCAAUGAAAAAUACGCCACUCUCAUCGAACGGUGCGACUACGCGUACAACGCGUACUGGCACUUGGAGCGCGAGAAGGGCGCGACGUGCGAUUUUGGCGGGUCCGCGCACCUUGUCAGUGUCGAAGGCACUGACGUGGAGAACGCCAACCCGCGCAACGUGGCCGUCUGGUCUUGGAACGAUGACGCGUCGCCUUCGACGACAAAGAACGACGUGGCAGCGGGUGAUGCCGGUGGCAUGAUCACGAGCGGGUUCAUCGUGGGCGGCCUCUGCGGCAUUCUGGUUACCCUCGUUGUCUUGAGCAUUCAAAAACGCAAUGGCGGCGGGUCCACCGACGGAGAGCGCAUGCCGUUGAUGAACAAGACGUCGUAA